ACUAGGAACAUGGGAAGAUUGACGGUCGGAGUUAAUAGAGAGUGAAGCACUAGAAACAUGGGGAGUUCAAGGUCCGACAUUUUAUGUUUCUUGGUGCUCUGUGCAAGUUUUCUAGUCCCAAGAAGCUGCCACAGUUACUCUCAUGGUGCUUUAUUUAUCUUCGGAGAUUCCUUUUAUGAUGCUGGGAAUAAUAUCUAUCUCAACACUAACAUUCCCAAACUAAAUAUCUUUCCAUAUGGAGAGACAUAUUUUAAGCAUCCCACAGGAAGGGCUAGUGAUGGUCGAUUAAUUCCAGAUUUUAUUUCUGAAUUUGCAAAGCUACCAUUAAUUCCACUAUAUUUAGAACCCGGCAACCAUCAUUUCACAGAUGGAGUCAACUUUGCAUCAGGGGGAGCUGGUGCGCUCGUUGAAACUAAUCAAGGACUGAUUAUGGACCUUAAAACUCAAUUAAGUAAUUUCAAGAAUAUGGAGAAGCAGCUAAGGCAAAAACUAGGAGCUUCAGAAGUAAAGACUUUGUUAUCCACAGCUGUUUACAUGUUCAGCAUUGGAACUAACGACUACUUGGUACCUUUCACGUCAAACUCCACCGUGCUUCAAUCCUACUCCAAAAAGGAGUAUGUCAAGAUGGUAAUUGGCAACAUAACAACCGUGAUCCAAGAAAUUUAUAAGAUAGGGGGAAGGAAAUUUGGACUAUCAAAGUUGCUUCCUUUAGGUUGUCCACCAAUCUCUAGAGCACUAGAAAUAGUCAGAACAGGUGGCUCUGGCUGCAUGGAAGAAGUUACAGUGCUUGCAAAACUACACAACAGAGCACUCCCUAAAGCUCUCAAAGAGCUUAAGAGCCAACUAAAAGGAUAUACCUAUUCAAUUUUUGAUGCCUACACUGCAGGAACUGCUAUUUUCAAUAACCCUUCAAAAUAUGGUUUCGAAGAGGUGAAAAUGGCAUGCUGUGGCAGUGGUCCAUUGAGAGCUUCCAUUACUUGCGGCCAGAAAGUAUACCAACUGUGCGAUAACGUUAGCGAAUAUUUCUUCUUUGAUGGAAUUCAUCCAACCGAAAAGGCCAACUAUCAAUUUGCAAAGCUAAUGUGGGAUGGGAGUCCUAAAAUCGUCAAGCCUUACAACCUGAAGACACUGUUCGAGAAAUAGCUCAAAACUUAUUCCCUGACAAUUUCUUUCAAAUAAUAUUUUUAGUUUCAAGUAAAAUCCAUUAGUUUGAUGGAAAAUUUUCUUUAAAUGGAAACUUUUCAAACAUAGCCUAUCAAUCAAAUGUCAACAACAAUUUUCCUUCAAAUCUUGUUUCAUGUAAAGCUCAUCAUUUCAAUUGCAAUUUUCUUUCUAAUAGUAUUUUAUUUUAAAGUAAAGUCUAUUAAUUCAAUAAAAAUUUGCUUUUUAUGUAAUAUUUUUAUUUCAAGUAAAGCCUAUUAGUUCAACGAUAAAUUUCCUUCAUGUGAUAUUUUUUUCUCAAAUUAACAUUUUCGAUUCAAGUAUAGCUCAUUAAUUUAGUGAUAGUUUUCUCUUAAAAGAUAUUUUUUUUAUUUCAAGUAAAGUCUAUCAAUCUAAUAAUUUUUUUUUCUUAAAAGACAUUUUAUUUCAAACAAAGCUCAUCAAUACAUGGCAACAACAAUUUUCUUUCAAAUUUUCCAUCGAGUAAAUUCCAUCACUUUGAUGGAAUUUGUUUUUUCAAUUGGCAAUUUUUCAAGUGAAUCUAUAAUUCCGAUGACAAUUUUCUUUUCAAUAGCAUUUAAUAGAUUUAGAUUCCAAGUUGAUCCCUUUAUUUUUCUUUUUGUGGAUCUCAAGUUGAUCCCUUCAAUUACAUGGAUUCCAAAUUGAUUCUUUUAUCCAACAUUUUCCAAGUUGAUCCCAUCAUUUUUGUUUACGUGGAUUCCAAGUUAAUCCCUUCAUUUAUAUGAAUUCUAAGUUGAUCUUUUCAUUUUUCAUCUGAUAUAUUCCAAGUUGAUUUUUCUAUUUUCAUUUAGUGGAUCCCAAGUUAAUCACUUUAUUUAUAUGAAUCCUAAUUUGAUCAUUUUGUUUUUCAUCCGAUAGAUCUCAAGUUAAUCCUGUCGUUUUAGUUUAUAUACAUCUCAAGUUGAGCCUUUCAUUUACAUGGAUCCUAAGUUAAUUCUUUCAUUUCUUAUUUGAUGGAUCCCAAGUUGAUCUUGUUGUUUUUGUUUGUGUAAAUUCUAAGUUAAUCCCUUCAUUUAUAUCAUUUAUAUGGAUUUCAAGUUGAUUCUUUUGUUUCUCA